AGGGUUCCGUAGUCAACUAGGAACCCUUAUAGUUUCGCCAUGUCCGUCUGUUUGUCUGUCUGUCUGUCCGAGGCUUUGCUCCGUGGUCGCUAGUGCUAGAAAGCUGAAAUUUGCCAUGGAUAUAUAAAUCAAUAAAGCCGACAAAGUCGUACAAUAAAAUCUAAAAAUUUAAUUUUUUUUAGGGUACCUCCCCUACACGUAAAGUGGGGGUGAAAUUUUUUUUUCGCUUCAACCCUAGAGUGUGGGGUAUCGUUGGAAAGGUCUUUCAAAACUAAUAGGGGUUUUCACGAAACAUUUUUUGAUAAGUGAUAAAGUGUCCCCCCCCUCUAACUUUUGAACCAUAGGUCCAAAAAAUAUGAAAAAAAUCGUGGAAGUAGAGCUUAGGAAAGACAUUAAAUGAAAACUAUAGCGGACAUGAUCAGUUUAGCUGUUUUUGAGUUAUCGCAAAAAGUUUUCCAUUCAUAGUAAAAAGACUUACUUUAAUUAGGUACUGAUUAUGCCUAUUUGUUUAACUCGGGUGAAAGGUACCGUUUCAUCCCUUGGUUAACAAUUUACUAUACUUUAAGCGCCAGUUUAGCUUAUUGUGACGGAAGAGUAACUACGGAACCCUACACUGAGCGUGGCCCGACAUGCUCUUGGCCGGUUUUAUUUAUUAUUAAUAAAUGCGCAAAGGAACUGACAAUACCAGUGACUUAUAUUUUUACAAAAUCAUUAACAUCGGGUAUUUUUCCUGACCGCUGGAAACAAGCUCUGAUAACCCCUAUACCCAAAAAUAAUAAAAAAGAUGAUGUAUCCCAAUACCGACCAAUCUCAAAGCUAUGUAUAUUUGGCAAAAUAUUAGAAAAAAUUGUAGUUAAUGAUCUAUCUUUUGCCGUUCGCAACUUUUUGUCUCCAAAUCAACACGGAUUUUUCAAAGGUCGUUGUGUUGAGUCCAAUUUAGUCUCCUUUACUGAUUAUUUACUAACCGCACUAAAUAACAAAUGCCAAGUCGAUGUCGUGUAUACGGACUUCUCCAAGGCUUUUGAUAAAAUUAGUCACAGAACCUUAUUGGAGAAGCUCUGGAGUGCCGGAAUACAUGGCGACUUGUUCCGAUGGAUUAAGUCAUAGAUCAAAAACCGCUCACAAGCCGUUUCGAUCAAAGGUUUCAUGUCAGAUUUUCUUUACAUUCCUUCAGGUGUCCCUGAAGGGUCGCUGACAUGUAUGCAUGUGACGUCCGCGCGCCUCUGUCCGCGCGUCCGCUGUAUCCUGGCCUGCGCGCCAGUAAUAAACGAGCUUCCAUCGUACGCACUUGUUUCAUUGCUAAGUACUUACAUACAUAUCAGUGGCUAACGAGGCUGGUGCAUACCCGCGCGUAGAUAUUAUAAGUGUUAUAAAAUGUCCGGUUAUUUAGGCAGUAUUUCUAGCUUUGAUCCUAAUACGCAGGACUGGCAAAUAUUUGUUAGUCGUUUGAAGCAGUUUUUAGGAUUAAAUGCGAUUACGGACGAGGGGAAGAAAAAUGCGGUUUUAUUAACGCAUCUUUCGGAUGACGCAUAUCGGCUACUUGUAAACCUCGCGCACCCAAAGGAUGUGGAAACAGGGAAGUACGAGCAUCUGCUCGGAUUACUCAAUGGACACUUUGUACCAAAGAGGUCUACCUUCACGGAUAAGGCGAAAUUCUACAACGCGGUCAAGGCAGACGGCGAAAAGAUCGAAGACUGGGCGGCUCGACUUCGUGGACUGGCAGUUCACUGUCAGUUCGGAACCGCUCUGGAAAUGAUGCUUCGCGAUCGUUUUGUUCUGGGAUUCAAUGCGGGUCCAGAACGAGACCGACUCUGUGAGCAGGACGUGGAGAAAUUAACGUUCGCUAAGGCGUUGGAGCUAGCUCAGCAGGCGGCUUGUGCUCGUCAGGCCAAGGCCACCCCUGCGGUGCUCAAGGAGGAACCAGUGUUCCGGACGAGCACGACGAAAAGCGGCAGCAGCGGCCGCGGAGGUCACAGAGGUCACGGGAGCCGCGUUAGGCACGGUAGCCGCGCGGCAGACAGCGCGGACUCAUCUCCCCGUUGUAAUGUUUGUGGUCUUCGUAAUCACGCGGCGGAUAGGUGUAGGUAUAGACAGUACCGGUGUCAAAAGUGUAACGAAAAAGGCCAUCUUAAGAAAGUGUGCACGUCCAGUCGUGUGAAUAAUAUCGCUACCUAUCGGACAGUCGGCGGAUGCCCAGGAGUCUGGAGACGGCAGCAGUGAGUGUGAGGAAUGCCAGCUGUUCAAUUUGAGGUUCCCUUAAUUAAAACGGGAGGAGAUGACAUGUAUGCAUGUGACGUCCGCGCGCCUCUGUCCGCGCGUCCGUAUCCUGGCCUGCGCGCCAGUAAUAAACGAGCUUCCAUCGUACGCACUUGUUUCAUUGCUAAGUACUUACAUACAUAUCAGUCGCA